GCACCACCUUCUGGUCAUUAUACACCACAACCACCGUACACACCAGCCACCAACGAGGUGAGGACGGAGGAACUCAGUGACAACCUACCUCGCCCUUCUCUUCCACUGCGCCCUCCACCGCCAGCAUGCCUCCUCCCCCAGAUCCCCCCCUGGUCGUCGACAUCCACACCCACAUGUACCCGCCCUCGUACAUCAAACUGCUCUCCUCGCGCACGACCGUCCCCUACAUCUACCAGCCCACCGAGACGCCAGACUCGGAUCCCCGGCUCAUCAUCCUCGCCUCCGACGACGAUCCCUCCCGCCCCAAAUCCUCCCGGGGGAGACCCGUCGACAGCACCUACUCGUCCUUCGACCAGAAGCGAGCCUUUAUGCGCCGGCACGGCAUCUCCUGCAGCGUCAUCAGCCUGGCGAAUCCCUGGCUCGACUUCCUCGACCCGGACACCGCCUUGAAAACGGCCCAGGACAUCAACGACGACCUCGACGGGGCGUGUGCCGAGAACAACAACACUGACUCUCCGUCCCACGAUGCGUUGAAACUCUACGCCUUUGGCUGCCUUCCCUUAUCCGCUCCUGCAAAGGACAUCGUCAGCGAGAUCCACCGGUUAAAGUCGCUCCGUCACGUUACAGGCGUGAUAAUGGGCACGACGGGCUUGGGAAAGGGCUUGGACGACCCGGCAUUGGACGACGUGUACGCGGCACUGUCCUCUACGGCGACCUUGGUCUUCUUGCAUCCGCACUAUGGCCUGCCGGAUUCCGCUUUCGGGGGUCCCGAGGUCGUCGCAAAGUCGGGCCACGUCCUCCCCCUGGCUCUGGGGUUUCCCUUGGAAACUACCAUCGCCGUGUCACGGAUGUACCUCUCGGGUGUCUUCGACCGCCACCCACAGCUUCAGUUCCUCCUGGCUCAUUCAGGCGGCACGCUGCCAUUCCUGGCGGGGAGGAUUGAAUCUUGUGUGGCGCACGAACGGGAGUUCGUCGCCAACGGUGGUCAUCGGCAAGGUCCCCAGCGCUCGAUCUGGGAUGUGCUGCACACCAACAUUUACCUUGAUGCCGUCAUCUAUGGGCAACCCGGACUGAAGGCCGCGAUCGAAGCCGCAGGAAGCGUGGACCGGGUAAUGUUUGGAACGGAUCAUCCUUUCUUUCCACCACUGGGAAAUGACAAGGAGGCGAAGUGGUUGAGCGUGGAGAGUAAUAAAGGCGCAAUUGACGGCUGCUUGCCAGAGGACGAGGCCGCAAAGAGAAAAAUAUUGGGUGGCAAUGCCAUCAGAGUGCUUGGUUUAGACUUAUGAGAUUCUACCUCAAUUCGACGAGAUCGUGUCGUCCGACGGCGCCAGGAGAUUCGCCUGAAAGUCCACAACAUUCUCGUACAUCCGAUCAGACCUAAAUAUCCGACAAGGCGGUUCGAGAGGCUACCAAAAUUGCUCAAACACCCCUCCUCCCAGAUAAGAUAUCCCAGCCCAAGUGCUCCCAAACCUCUCCAAUGAACCAAUCAGGGGAGCACUCUUUCUCCCGGAUUUCCUCCACCAUUUUCGUCAAGUCUGCUUCUCCCUCGUCUCCCUCGUCACGCCUCAGAGAAUUGUAGAAUGUUUCGUCCUCAUCGCCAAACGCACCUCGAAGGAGGGUAUUUUGGAGUGUUUCUUCGAUCCGUCGCCGAAGACUUUUGCCCCGAGCAACAUCUUCCGAGUCGGACUGCUGCAAAGCAAAAAGGAGCUGGGACUUUUCAGACAUGUGUUUCGUGUUUGCAAGCAAAAAUUCCACGGCCCUGCGCAGAAUCCAGAUAAGAUAGGGGCCUUCAAUGACAACUAUUCCUGU